GCAAGUCGUUGACGUUUCUCGACGCUAGAAAUAACCUCAAAAUUUUCAUUGUUUAUUUUACGUGUUUAUGUUUAAAAUAAUAAUUAGUGUUCAAAUUUGAUUAAAAUAUGCAACCUAAAAAUCAGUGUCAUAAAAUAGUAGUACUAAACACUUGUAGAGUUUUGAAUCUGAAAGACGUAAUUAAUAAGUUGUUAGAUUUCCAUCCAAAUAAUUUCCAAACAUAUUUAAAAAAAACUGAGAAGAAUUGUGAUAAUGUGUUAUUAUUUAUGUUUCUUAAUAUGUAAUUACAUCAUAAAUGUGCAGUGUGAAGUAAAAUUGUGUUAUUUUUCGUUAUGAGUUAAUUACGGCGUUCCUGAAUAUACACACGAAAUGGCGGGAAUUGCAAAUGAUCAAUUAUAGAAGUGUGUUAUGAAACUACCGAAGAAGUAACAGUAGGCGACGAUGUGAUACUAUUUCUGGAGUCACAUCAAGGGAAGACAAUUAUGCAAUAUGGAGGAUAUCAAUAUCGUAAAGCACAUAAAACAAAGCACGGCGUUCGUUGGAAAUGCAUUUCGAAAAACUGCUUGGGAUUCGUUUUUCUGAACGACUACAAUGAGAUUAUUACUACGUCUGUCAGUCAUGAUCAUGAACCUCCAUCAUCUGCGGAACAACAUGUAGAAUCUGAUGACAAUGAUACCGCUGUUGUGAUAACAUCCCGCAAAGGAAAGGAGAUGUUGUUAUUCCGCAAUUAUACUUACCGAAAGCAGUACGACAAAGGCAACAAAACGCGGUGGGUCUGCUCGACCCAAAAGAAUUGCCGGGCCGUCGUAUUCACGGACUCUACUAACGUGAUAACUUCCGCGUUCGAGGAACAUGAACAUGACCCGCCCAAGUAUUACUUAAACCCCAAUCACGUUUUGGAUGCGUUGAGAGAGCCAUUGUUAUUUGAGUCCUAAAUAGGCUUGAAAAAGAAUCCAGUUGUAGACGAAAAUGGGGGGGGGGAUUCUGUUUCAUCUAGACAAAUAUUACAUUAUUUUUCACUAUAUCUUAUUCGGAAUUUGACCUAAUAUGCGUAUAUGCUAUUUUUUUGUGUGACCGAAGGAAAAUAUACAAAUACGGUAGAUUGUGCAUGAAGUAUGUGUGUGUGUGUGAUGUAUGUAUGUUUAUAGAUAGAACGGUCACGCGCGUUGCGUGGAACAGUAACAGUUUGUUGAAAAGAAACUCCAUGAUACUUGAUUGCGCCGGAACUACUGCUUUUAUAGGAAAAUAAAAUAUUAAAGCAUAUUUGAUCCUUGUUUUCAAAACCUAUCUGAGAUGAGAAUGGGGCAACAAAAUAGAGUUUGGUAAUUUUCGCAGAGACCGGUUUUUGUAUUAUCAAUGGUUUUAAUAAACGUGUAAGUUAAAAAGUGCGUUUGUAAUACGCAAAAUUCAGAUGUUAAUUAAGCUAAUGAAAAAAUAUGUUAAUAUUAACAAUAACAAUUAUGUCUCAAUAAAUUUAGCUUGAUCUAUUCUUAAAGCCCAAAGCUUCGUAGUUAAAAGUACCCUUAGCGAAUGUGUUUUUUAAUCUAUUUUAAGGAGUUUAUGUAAUAAAUUAUUUUUAUCAUUACACAAUAAAUGAUUAAAUAGUAAACAUUGUCGUGAUUCUUCCGUCGAAAUAAAAAGUGAUUUUAAUCCCAUA